AACCACCAAGGUGAGACCACACAAUUUCAUUUUCCCUCUAUACUUUUUCCACUUGAAUGCUUAUCCCAAUAACCAUCUGCAAAAAAAACAGUGUAACCAGAAACAGCCAGCUGAAUAAAUAAAUCAGUUCAUGAUUCCCACGUCUUCUUCAUUUUCUUUACCAUUACUUCAAUCCAACUCCACUCACUCCACUCUGCACAUUAAAUAAUAAAUAAAUAAAUAACAAUUUUUUUCCCUCCAAACUCACCCCCAAUUCCCACCAAGACCCAAACUUUCUUUAAUCCAAUCCCGCCACCUGUAGAUUCUGCAAUAACCGCAAGCACUCGAUUGCUUGAAUUAAAAAAAAAACGAGAGGGUUUCUGAAAAGAUUCAAUUUUUAGUUGAUCUAUUCAACUCUUGUUGCCAUGACAGAGGUGUUCCAUUCCCCUUCUUCCUCCUCCCCCACUUCAAUAUCUACGCCCACCCACAAUGCCACGUUGUAUGCUGGGGAAGAGGAGGCAUAUGCUGACGAGUUAGAGAGAGAGGAGGCAGAAAUAAAAGUGAGAGAGAAAGAUAGGAGAGAUCAAUUGUCUCUUCUAGCACUCCUGCUGACCCUCAUUAGGAAGAGGUUUCGGAUGGCUUGCAAAACGGACAGAGACAAUUUCUCCAGCGGUGGGGGUGGGGUUAUGGAGAUAGGUUGGCCUACCGAUGUGCAGCAUGUUAACCAUGUCACCUUUGAUAGGUUUGAUGGCUUCUUGGGCUUGCCUGUUGAGUUUGAGCCUGAGGUUCCAAGGAGGGCUCCUAGUGCUAGUGCCACUGUUUUUGGAGUUUCUACCGAAUCAAUGCAGCUGUCUUAUGAUCCACGAGGCAACAGCAUUCCAACUAUCCUCUUGCUUCUGCAGAGGCAUAUGUAUUCCCAAGGUGGCUUGCAGGCUGAAGGAAUUUUCAGAAUAACUGCAGGAAACAGCCAAGAGGAGUAUGUUAGGGACCAAUUAAAUCGAGGAGUUAUCCCUGAAGGCAUCGACGUGCACUGUUUGGCUGGCUUGAUCAAGGCUUGGUUCCGGGAACUCCCCCGUGGGGUAUUGGAUUCUCUUUCUCCCGAGCAAGUGAUGCAAUGCCAGUCAGAAGAGGCCUGCGAUGAACUAGCCAGGCUUCUACCCCCGACUGAAGCUGCUCUGUUGGACUGGUCGAUCAACCUAAUGGCCGACGUCGUCCAAGAGGAGCUUCGGAACAAGAUGAACUCACGCAACAUCGCAAUGGUGUUUGCCCCCAACAUGACUCAGAUGGUCGAUCCAUUGACGGCAUUGAUGUAUGCUGUACAAGUUAUGAACUUCCUCAAGACUCUUAUUGAGAAGACUCUACGAGAAAGAGGCGACCGUGUCGUCCAGCACGCCUCCACGCCCCACACGAAGCCUUCUGACGACAAUGGCCAUCCGAUUGGUCAUGAAAACCCUCCCGAGUCAUAUAAAGAGAAGAGCGUGGCCUUUGUUACGGAUGAUGCACGUUCAAAGCGUUGUCCCAGAUCCAACAAAAUCGGAAACACAAUGGAUGAGGACUAUUUCAGCUACUCAACGUGUGGUGAAGAAUCUGAUGGAAGUGAGUCUUGUGAAACUCCUGCCCAAGAACACAAAGCAGGUGCUGCAGUAAACGUCGUAGAGGAUCAGCUUGAAGAGAAGAAGGCGAGCAAACCAAGCCAAUCGAACAACUCUAGCCAGACGGCACCCAAAUCAAGGAACAACGUCAACAUCCAGCAGCAAGCUGCAGCCAGCAAAACCGACUACCUGAGCAAGGGCGCCAGCAAUCUGAGCCAGAUAAAUUCGAUAAAGGAAAGAUGCGAAGCAUGGCGUUGAACGAAAGGGAAGGUGGUUUCUAUAACAUCUCAUGACUUAGAUUCUCAAAUCUUUCUCCUCUGUGGUUAUGUCAUAUGUGUGUCUUUCUGUUUAGUACACUUCCCUUUGAUUUUCACUUGUUCCAUGUAUCUAUUGUUAGUAGAAAUUAACUAUUUUAACCGCAAUUGAAAUGUGUGUUCCUUGACUAGAAGCAAAAGGUGCCCAGUGUGAAAAAUACUAUUACUUGAUUCUGGUCCACAA